AUGUCCCGCCCGGUGGCGUCUACGUUCCGGCCUGUGCUACCGAGUCCAUCUCCCAGCAAGAGCACUGCCGACGUCAAACAUAUCGUCCCUCGGCACAAAAGGAAUGCUGCGCUCUCGGAUGCUGGAUCUGUUCGGGCUCCAGACGCCAGCCCCUCCGCUAUUGAUUCCAUGACCGCCGUUGUCGAUGACGGUGUUAGCACCGGAGAGUUUUUCGGAAGCAGCAGUGCUGGCUCCUUUACUUCCCAGAUCAAGGCUGCCGUUGCCAAUCGCCUCGGCCAGGCUCAGCCGAAAUCCCCUCGUUCUGGUCUGAGCCUCGGAGUUGGAAACCUCAGUGCACCUAGGCGAACGGGCAUGCACAAUAGUGCCAACAAGGUCUUGCCGCCUCGUCGACAGGCGGAUCAUUUGAUGAAUGUAUAUUGGUUCUACGUUGAUCCACUGUAUCCGUUUUUGGACCGGCGCAAAUGGGAGCAAAACUAUGCCAAUCUUUUUGCUGGAACACCAAUUGACACUGACGAAGUUAUUUUCGUUGCGACGUUGAACAUUAUUUUUGCCCUGGCUACUCAGCUGGUUGAGUCCAUGGAACCCGAAAACAGAGACGAGACAAGCGAUGUGUAUUUCAAACGUGCCAAAGACCUACUGGACCUGACAUUUUGGGAUUCGGGGUCAUUGGAGCUCGUGCAGUAUCUGCUUCUCAUGAGCCAGUAUCUGCAGAGCACGAGUCUUCCGCAUCAAACAUGGAUGAUUGUGGGAUCUGCCGUGAGAGUCGCUCAGAGUCUAGGCCUGCAUCUACCUGAGACAUCAGCUCUACAGCCAACCACAAGCCAGCGUGAACUUCUUCGGAGGAUAUGGCAUGGUUGCGUGCUUAUGGACCGUAUGGUAUCUCUAACUCAUGGGCGCCCUGCCAUGAUAUCACGGAACCUUGCAUCCGCUGUUCCGCUCCCACUGACUUCUUCAAAUGCCAAGCCAAACGAUUAUGGGCGUCUGACGGAGGGUUCUUUUUUUGUUAAGUCUGUAGAGCUCUACGAAAUUACUCACCGAGUGCUUCUUGAUUUAUAUUCCGAACCUGGAUCGCAGCCUCGUUCUACGAUUCACGAUGAUAGGAAAGAUGAAGACCUUGCCGCGGUCAUGCAAUUGGACUCGGCCAUGAUGAAAUGGGAAGAAAGCCUUCCCAAGUUUUUAGUAUUGAGCGACGCUGAUGUGGCGAACAAUGACGUGUCGCAUCGCCAGGCCGUUAUUCUGCACAUACGAUUUCUUCACGCUCGAAUGCUUCUUCUCCGCCCUGUCGUUGCACGUGUUUGCUUGCCACCCUCAGGAUUCGGAGUCGGCGCUACUCGACCACCAGACAGUCUGCAAUCCCGCGUAAUGCAGCAAUGCACGAUAUAUUGCGUGGAGAUAGCCCGAAGUAUCAUCUCUCUGCUCCUCAAGUACCAGGCCUACGACGGAACUGUGGGACUCCUUCCCGCCUGGUGGUACCGAGUCUAUUAUCUUUUCUCCGCUGCCACCGUCCUUAUCGCUGCUAAGUUGCGAACAGACAUAAUUAAUUUGCAAGAUAUCAACCAGGCUUGGAGCGAAGUCAUGAAGGUGCUACAGGCCCACGAACAUGUCAGUACAUCAGCUCGGCGGUGCGUUGCAGCACUACAAAUUUUGUCGUCCAAGAUUCUAAAUGGUGGUGCUUCUACAACGGAUUCCUCGGCCCAUUUUGAUGUCACUGUGUCACCAAUGCAUUCAUCCGCUCCACACGCCAGCCGUAUACUACAACCCCCAGUCCAGCAAGACCAGUCGUUUUCGCACUUUCCGGACCUCGAUAUCCGUGACUUGACAUUCACGGUGGAUGACUUCUCAUGGCUGAAUGAUAUGAAUACGUGGAAUGUUUUGAACGAUACAUGA